GGGAUGAGUGAGGAAUUUCAGGGUGCAAAAAGCAAAUUUCAUAUCCUCUGGUUUGCCAGAAAUAUCCAUUCUUUCUUCAAUUCAUUCAUCACCUCGCUAGCGCUAAAGCAUAAACAAAACACACAAAAAUGCAGAGUGUAUCUUCUUUAUCAUCAUCAUGUUCAAUUACAACAAGUUCAUCCAAAUUCAUAACGAAAGCUUCAUGGGACUCGCAACAAAAACAAAAACUCCCUUACAACCGCAAUGCCCCUAGAAAACUCACUCAAUCACAAUCACAAUCACCUUCUUCACCAACCACCGCACCUUCUACCCGUAAAGAACACCUCAUUUCCGAUCUUCUCAAACGCACCACUCCUCUUCCCACCAUAGCUAGUAGGAAAAUCGAAGAACAACAAGAACACGAAACCUAUUUAGGAUAUGAAAGAUGGCUUCCAACUCCACCUAAAGUUGUUAAGCCUCGUUCUGUUUUUAAUGCUACUACUUUAGCUUAUGUUGGUGAUUGCAUUUAUGAGCUAUAUGCUCGUAGGCACUUCUUAUUUCCUCCUCUUAGUAUUGAAGAAUACAAUGAUCGUGUGAUGGCGGUUGUUCGCUGUGAGGCUCAAGAUGCAUUGCUCCAGAAACUUCUAAACAGUAAUUUCUUAUCAGAUCAAGAGAGGGAUGUUCUUCGAUGGGGAAAGAACAUUGUUUCAAGCAAAACUAAGACAAAAAAGCGUGCUGGUGCAGCUGUAUAUAACAGAGCAUCUUCACUAGAAACAUUAGUUGGUUAUCUCUAUUUGACAAAUGUGAAUCGCUUGGAAAAGCUAAUGUUAGAAUUGGGAUUCUCAGUCGACUCUUCAAUGCCUUUGAAUUUGGAUGAAUUAAUAACAGGUGAGCUGAACAGAGGAUAGGGUUGAUCUUUGGGUAUUCUUCCAAAUUCCGAUGGAGAAGGCAAAACAAGUAAUUGAAGAUUUUGUUCGAUCCUAUUCUUCGGUAAAGUCUAUCCUAGUAAAAGUGGCUUCCUCUUUUACUUGCUGGUGAGAUCAGAAGCCUUUGAGAUCAGUACCACAUUCAAAUGGCAUAUUUUACCAUGAUAAAGGAUCAAAAGCUGUUGAGAUCUUUUGCAACAAUAUAUAUGUUGUGUACAUAGGUUAUGGUACCAUCGUUUGUAAUUGUUAGAAAUGAUCUUCAGCAGAGGGUUACAGUGAGAAGACAACAAUAUAGUGAAGCUAUGGUUAUUUGAUAGAUUUGUGUCAGGUUUUGCAACUCUGGUUGAAUUUUAUCCAGCAUUAUAAUUAGUUUGUGGAAUUAAGUUAGUUUAAUACUAGAAACUUAGUGACCAAAGCUUCUCCAUUCUGAUUUUGUUAUGUAUCUCAUUUUGGGAAUAUAGCUGCAUAUGGCAACGGUUGUUUAACCAUAUUCAAAUUUCUAUAUAAAAAAAACUAUAUUCAAA